AUGGCGACUUCAUUAAGUGACGGGGACUCUCAAGUCGAAAAUAUAGUGGCAUGCGCUACGGAUCAUGUAAAUCUGCUGCUCCAGUUGAAGGCAGGCACACUGGAAUCGCUUGCUCGAGAGGUAGAUACUCUGGCAAAGGCCACAUCCGAAGGUGCUCGAGUGAAAGCAGAGACGCUGUUGCGACGGUAUUACACGAUUCUGAAGAAUUUUCAAAAUUAUGUUCUCCUUUUUAUCCACGUUCCUUCUCGUUCAUUUAGUUGUAGCUGGUGACACAAAGUUGAGACUGAAAAAAGCAAUUUCAUCUUGCAUUGAUUUAUUCUUCUUUAUCCGACAUUGAUUCACAGGCUUCGCAAGUUAGCUCGUUUUGCCCCUACCCAAGAGCUGCGUGACCGCUGUCUUGGUUUUUGUUCGCAAUUACACCCUUCUGAACCGUCGCAAAGCAGCUGUGGGAGCGGUACUAUAGGCGGAGAUCGUCUACUCGAGCCCUGGGGUGGAUUCAAGGAACAACAGCGAAAACAGAUAUCUUCGAUAUGCAGUUUCGAUGCAGCGGAGGAAAGAGAUCGACCCGCGCUGGAUUUCGAGAUCCUUGAAAGCUGGUCUAAGUUUUUCGUACAGAAUGCCGGCAAUCUCACCUCGUUACACUGGGCCAUGUCGAUUCAUCACGGUUUUUUAAACCGCUUUUACGACUCAAUGGGCGCUUUGUUCUUCGAGGAGGGACCACUGCCGAAGCCAUGGCGGCACUUUCUGGCCAUGCUAGCAGCGGCGCAGCACCGCUGUGAAUACCUCGUGCGACACUCGUUGGAGAUGUUUUUGCUUGCCGGCGGCGACCGGUACUGGAUUCUCACUCCGAGCGAGACGGUGCCUGCUAAGUUGCUACGUAUCGCGAAGCUGAACGAGCUAAUGGCGCACCAACCUUGGUCAGUAGAUGAAAAUGUGCUACGAGAGAUGCUUUCGCCUGCAACGUCAGCGGAACUUCGUUGGAGUGUGCCAGAGUUGCUCGCAGCACUUUCAAUUUUGUCGACCUACCACGCAUUGAGCAGUCUCGUCUUUGCUCUCGCGCUCCAGCUCGAAGACCCCAGGGUGCUGUCUUCAUCGGGUUCCCCCCCAGGCACGGUUGGUGGUGAUGGUUCAUCAGGAGCAGCUGCAGCAGAAGCGAGUUCUCCAGAACAGCAGCAACAAGAGCCACCCUGGCUCGCUGAAGCAAGCAACAUUUACACAGAGCUGCUCAGCAGCGAUCCAUCGUUGUUCUCGCCGACGCCGCAUGCCGCGCACCGCUCCCCAGCUGCCUCCUCCGAUGCGCUGGUCGGAGAAGGCGUCGAUGACGAUGAUGACGCCCGUCUUACAUGUCGCAGCUUCGCGACCGUGCGCUCAGAGCAGAGCUCGAGUCAAGUAGACGAGGCAGAGUCCACCGCUACCGGCUACACGGAAGCGCCUAGUUCUGUGGACAGCUCUAACCUGGUUAACCUUAACGCCCUCGAUGGCAACCCUUCUCUCGGCGACAAAGUUCUUGGAGACAACUCGGCCACUACCUCCAUCUCAUUGUCAACACCAGCGCUGAGUAAAGACGGCACAGCGGAGCCCUCGACGAAGCCUGAAGCGGACACCUCUAGUGCGGACAUGGCAAAGAGAUUACAACACCCGAUACUCGACCCAAGUAGAUUGCCGGCUUGUUUCCAGAGAAAUCUGGGCGUGAAUUGGACCCACUUCAUUUCCAAGCAAGAGGAGCAGGAAGUGCUAAACCCGAUUAAAAGUGAGAAGGAUUGGGGAGAGUUGGGGAAACUGACAGACAAUUCGCUGACCGAUGCGGAGAAAAAGGCGCUGCAAGGUGUGAUGGCCACGAAGCCCGAAGUAACUAGUCCACUUUGCGACUACCUGCGGGCCCGCUGUUGCGGCAGUGCUGUGGGCUCAAUCAAAUACGUGGAUUUUUUAUGGCCAUGCUGUUUAUUGACCUAGUAGCAUCACACAGAUCUAUUACAGAGUACCAGUUUAUAGCACGCAUAGUGCAUCAAGUGCAUUGAGUAGCAUGGAUCUACGACAUCUUCCUUCAAAAUCUUCGUGCUGGUUUUCGUGUUUCUGCUUCGAAGAAAUAGCAAUAAAUCUAGGGCGGAUCAAAGGGGUUACUGCUUAUGAAUGUAUUGUAAUGUGCGGGUAUUGGACUGUUGGCAUCUAACCUUUGGUUCAAAAUCUGCAGCUGCAGCCUCCCAAACUAGUUGGGCAGACCAUGCUUUUCCGCUGUUAGCACAAUUUUGUCCCGAAAUUGCCGACGCUAUUCAUGAGGAAUUUGAAUUCGCUAACGCCUACACGGAUCGGAGUGUUGGAGGUAAUUAAGUACAUAUUAUGUAUGAGUCAUAUUUGAGUUGACACACUUAGUCCUAGUACGAGAGUCACUAUUUUAAAAACGAUGUUGAGAAGAUGCUGAUACUGACGUAGCUUUUUUUGUUGAUGAAUCUAGCCUGCAGCUCUACAAAUUUCGUCUUACCCCGCCAGGUCAAGCCGUCGAGUCAACCUUACCGCAACGGAGGGCCCUGUCUGCCUACGUCUUCCGAAUCUAUGGUCUGGACGUGGACGACUUCAAUUACACAAGGUAGUUUAUUCUAUCACACUAGUGGAGCCACUUCCUCGGCAAAUUUUCUGUGUCGCACUAGUUGGGAGCUAAACGACUUAUUUCUAUUGUCGAUAGAAAUGCGGCUCAUCAAGCAUGAGCCGCUAACUAAACAUCCCCCUAUGCACCGCUUUACAAUUCACCGCCACAGGUUAAACUUUUAUUUGACGCUGCUUCAUAAAGUGUAUUUGAAGAAGCUGGUCUGCUUUCCGGAAAUGUUGACCCGAGAAGACUACGAGCGGCUGCGUGCAUUUUGCGGUUACAGCUUGCACGAUAUGAUUCAGUACACGCACAUUGCUACGCAGGUCCGAAGAGUGAUGGAAUUACAAUACGUCAUGGCUGCGUUCCAGAAAUACCAAGGCGGCAAUGCAUCGGAUUCCGGCACGCCGUAGAGGGAUGCGUUAUCACUAUAGUUCACGGCAGCUCACGUCGCCAGAUUCAUCUUGCUUAGCAGCUACAACAUUUAGGGUGACUCGUACUUUUUACGACACUUGAGACGAUGUCGUUGGGAGAGUGUGGCAAGAAACAAGGCGUUUUGGCAUCUCGGCUGCAGCUUUUGAAACAGACCUGAUUUUCUUGUGCCUCGGUCGUGGUUCUGGAUAGAUCAAGCAGAGUGCUCAACAUCGUGCUCCACAAGAAUGAAUAUCAAUUAUCCAGUGAAGAACAGAAGUACGCGUCCUCUCUUAGUCCGUAUCUCUCUUAUGUAUAAAUAUCUAUCGUUUACUGCUCUUGUGUACGUGUAGUUAAGGAACACAACAAUUUUGCAACGAACAGCAAGAACCGAAAAAAUGUACUUAUGUACAACCAUCUAAAAAGUUGAACAUCAUCAUGAUAUUUAGAGCAAUUGACAAUCCCAAUCCAAAUCCAAUGUCUACUUCGAUUGAUCGUGAUAUGAUACUUAUAGUAUCUAGUGGUCGUCCAGAAAGGCGUUAGGAGAGACAGAUACAUGAUAAUAUCUAGUCGUGCCUAUAGGCUAAAGCGGCGGGUUUUGGAUUUGCAGCUUGGAUUGCUGGAAUCUAGACCAGAUGAUUGUGCCACCGCGUUGAAGUGUAGAAAAAACAUGGAAACGAAUUAGUCUGUAUUAAAGGGAAAAGGAGGUAAACUUGGAGCAUUAGGCUCGAACAAGCGCACCAUCGUAGUUUCAGCUCCUGACUCUUCGAUCAGUAAUCUUUCAGAAUAUAUAGCAUUUCCCUAACUAGUAAAACUACGCAUAGAUACGUAAUAAUUUGUUGGUCUUCUUUUGUUCCUCGAUGUCUGCGCCCCACGUACGAAUACUCCACUCUCAGCCUCAUGCUCUUCGCUUCUCGCAUUUGUUUAGGUGCGAUUCUGGUGGAGAUCAUGAAACACUAGUAUGCACAUCUAGCCAACAGCCACUCUCGUCCUACGACUUAUACCAUUUUAUUCGAUACCACGAGAAGGACCACUAUCUUCAUGUUUCACAACACAAAUUUACCACACUAGCUGCUAUAUCAAAAUGCUUGCCAUCAACUCGCUUUGAUUGGUUGUACUUAAAUGUAUCGAAGUCAUGACUCCAUAUGAAGAUUCCAUAGCAAAAAGAGCUCCGAUGUUGUUUGGUAUUUGAGUUUCGUUUGAACUUAUAUAUUCACAUGUUUUCGUUUCUCUAACGCGGAAAUCGAAAUCGCUGACGUCCUUUGUUUUCCUGGUUCUAGUUUCUCCGUAUUUUCGGUUCCGGCUUGCUUACUAGUUAGAGUCUCUGGUCGGAGGUCAGUAGUUAGAGCACUUCUUUUAGUUAGAAGAGUCUCUUUCUCAGGCGCACCUCGUCAUGAGUUCGAAUACUUCAUCUUACGUCGUACUUUAAUUAUUUCCUCAACAAAGAACAAGAACAAUCUGACAAAAAACAUGGGGUCGAUUGGGAUUUCGCUUUGAACUAUCACGUUUCUCUUAUUUUCCAGUGUUUCGUAGUGCGAAAGGAUUCUCUAAUUGGUUGCAGCUAUGCAUGAGAUAAGAAUGAAGAAUUAAACAUGUAUCCGCGAGGACACCUCUCGAUCCUCUAUCUCUAAGGAGGCCAAUAUUCUGGUGAUGUGGCGCAGUUGGUGCCAUCAAACUUUUC